CGCCUAAGCGAUCUUCUCGUGCCAUGUCAUGUCACUUUACUUUAGACGCCCAGAAUAAUUCGUGCCCAGCAAGUUGCCAGCAAGCAACGUCGACCCACUCUCCGCCAGUUCGCUCGCUGCUUGUCCUCUGCUCCUCGCUCCGGUGUGCACACCAGCCUCCUUCAUCUAGACGGCUAGGGCCAACAGUUAGCAAGGGACGGACUGUGUUUUACGGACGGUGAUACCGGGCGGGCUGUGACUGAUGACGCACGAGGAAAGGAAACGCUUGAUUGUGUUGGUGACGGGUGCAAAUGGGGGCAUUGGCUUUGGGAUUUGCCACCGACUGCUCAUCCAACUCUCGCAACGACGCCCACCAGAUGCGCAGCCGUCCUUCACGUCGACGCUCUCACCGGGCGAGCCGUCCGUGGUCGAGCCUGCAUGCGACUUGACGAUCAUCAUGGCCUGUCGCAGCACCCAGCGCGCAGAAGAGGCCCGACAAAAACUCUACAACCUUCUAGAUACCCAUCUUAAUUCGAUACCCCCGAACACGCCCGAACACGAAUAUGCGACGGACUUCCGGAUGAACGUGCGGCUCGAGAUACACAGGCUGGACCUGUCCGUUAUUCGGAGCGUGCUGGAGUUCUCUCAGGAGGUGUCACAAAAGUACCCGUACAUCUCACAUAUCAUAUGCAAUGCUGGCCUUGCGACGUACAGCCAUCUCAACUUCCUUGUCUUCUUCAAACAAUGUUACGAGUCCCCACUGAAGGCUGUGAAGCACCCCAUGUUCAACGUACAGAAAGCCGGAGUAUUGAGCGCAGAUAACCUAGGCAUGGUCUGGCAAUGCAAUAUCUUCGGCCACUAUGUCCUUUUCCGCUCCCUGCAGCCACUUCUCUCCGCAUGGACCGCCCGAACUCGCUCCGAGCCAGCUCGAGUUCUGUGGAUGUCUUCAAUCGACGCGAUGGCGACCUACGAUCCCGACAACGACCCACAACUCACGAAGACCUCGACAUCCUACCAAGCAUCCAAGGCCCAGCUCGAUCUCAUGGUAUGGGAGCUCAACAAACAGUCAAAGGCGAAUGGAAGCGAAGUCAUGCACUACAUCAUCACCCCCGGGAUCACUGCGACGAAUGUUGCUGCUGCGCUUCUCAGGCCGUAUGUCCUGGAGCUGCUGAUGAUAGCGUUCUUCUACUUCUGUCGCUUCAUUGGCUCGCCCCAUGUACUAUUCUCGACCUACAAAGCCUCCGUCGCCGCCGUUCACCUUACUCUCACACCCUCUCGGUAUAUCCCGUCCACCGCCGACGCACACAGCACAACUUCCGCCAAGACGCAACCUGGCUACGGCGCGACGAUGAACAGGAACGCUCAACUGGCGUUCCCGAAGUUCAGCGCCGCCAACGAGCGGUGGGGAAAGGAAUACGUUCUCAUUGAGCCCGUGACUGUCUGGGAGCAGCACCCGGAUGAGGGCGCACGCGCUAUGGACAGAUGCGAGAGGUUAUAUCAGGCGUUUGUGGAGAAGGAGAAGGUUGGGAUUCAGAAUGGGCCGGCCGAUGGGGCUAAUGGGUGUGUAAACGGGCAUGCGUGAUGUAAACGAUUUGUGCUCGAAUGUACUAGACUAGGUAGGGUGCUAGAGUUGUUUUCGCGAUGUAUAUUCACUUCGGGCUGUACCACUUCCCGGUGAGCCUGGAUGGAAAGCGUUAUGAUCAAAUGUUGCAGGCGUCAGUAGUACGUUGGGUGUAUGACGCCAGUAGUAGAAG